AUGCAAGCUAUUGAAAGAAUAACGAAAUCACGCCGAUUGGCUAGGGUUUUCAAAUAUGUGCCGGCAACCGUCUUCGAUGCCGCCGAACGAGUUACGGCUUCCCGUCCUGAGGAUAUUGCCAUUGACAAUUCUCGUGAGCUCGGUCGCCGUCGGUCUCUGCGCCCCCUUCAGUCGGCCGCACUGGCCUCCGGCAAUACUGAUGGAACUUUGAGACUUGAAUCCGAUCACCGGAAAGUUGCAAUGUCACUAAUGGUGAUGCCAAAUAUGCCAAAUAGAUUCUUUUCCUCUGAAGCAAGAGCUACUGAAAAUGAUUCUGCAGAGACAGUGAAAGGAUUGUAUGAUAAGUUGGUGAACUAUGUGACAGAGAAAAGAACUGCCCCUCCAAAUGCUUGGCUGUGGUCACUCAUUGCUAAAUGUUCCACACAGGAAGACAUUGAGCUCCUGUUUGAUAUUUUGCAGAAACUUCGCAGAUUUAGGCUCUCCGAUCUUCGGAUGCCCGAUGACUUUAAUAGUGCACUUUGCAAGGAAAUUACAACGGCCUGUGUUCGUGCAGGAGCAAUUGAUUUGGGCAAGAAGACUUUGUGGAGACGUAAUUUGCUUGGACUAACUCCUGAUAUUGGAUCUGCUCACAUUCUGCUGCUUCAUGCCAAGCAACACAAUGAUGUGAAACUUAUGACUAAAAUAAUGAAACAUGUGAAAAUCAAUUUUUUAACUCCACAACCUGGCACUGCAGAUAUAGUUUUCAGCAUUUGUUAUAAUGCAGAAAAAUUUGAUUUGAUGUGUAAGAACGGAAAAAGGUUUAUCAAGUCUGGAGUUAAACUCAGACAGUCAUCCUAUGAGUUAUGGAUGGAAUUUGCUGCCAAGAAAGGAGAUGUCGAGUCCCUAUGGAAGAUUGAGAAGUGGCGAUCAGAAGCAAUGAAACAGCAUAGUAUUUCAACUGGGUUUUCCUGUGUGAAGGGUCUCCUCCUUGAACGCAAGCCUGAUGAUGCUUCUGCCAUCAUUCAAGUUUUAUAUCAGGUAAAUUUGUAUCAUAGAUUCACAUUUAGCAUAUACUGUUUUUAUGUCCAGACAUUACCCGACGCAAGAAAAUCAAGUAUUGCAGUUGAACUUCAAAAGCUAGUGAGCGAGUGGCCCUUGGAUGUUUUAAAGCAUCAGAAAGAGGAGAACAAACACGUAACUGCUGAAGCAUUACAAAGUGAUAUUUCUCAGCUGAUCAAUGCUUUACAAACAUCGGGCGUGGAGACAAAUGUUAACAGUCAAAGAGUUUCUCGGUAA